AUGGCUGAUUUGGGAAUCCCCGUCGAAUGCCACUUCGAACUCCGAUGGCGAAAAAGCCACAUCAUGGCCUCGAUCAUCAGCGAUCGUCCCGUUGCCGAUCUGAAGAAGUGGCCUCAGAAAUUACUCGAGAAAGACCCGGCCACUUUCACGCUGAUGUGGCUGAACAACGAGCGAUGGGUGCGUUUGAACGAUGAGGACACGCUUAUGCAAGCUGGCUUCAAUGCGGAAAAUGUCCAAGACCCGGCAAUUCUUGGGCUGGCCUUCGAUGGUGAAGCAAAUCCCGAGAUCGCUCCUCUCAGCCGUCCUCCGCCUGCUCCUCAACCGACACGAGCAGACGAGGCUGCGCGCGGAAAU